CUGUGGUCGUUUGCGCGUGCGCCCUACAGCGAGGAGCCAAGGCUGGAACGCGGGGCUACUGGCGCACCUUCCCGGUGAGCCGGGCAUGGCGGGCGCGGGACCCGUGUCGAGUGUGCUGGGGCUGCUGCUUGUGUCUGCGCUGUUUGGGGUCCUUGGUGAGCGCCCCAGCCCCGAUCUAGAGACACACUCAGAACGCAGCUCCCAGGUCGGUCCCGGGGCCACCGAAUCCCGGCGGCGGCCGCCACCCAAGGACCAGCGCGAGCAGGCCCGGGCUGGAGCGCUGCCUUUGGGGGCACUGUACACUGCGGCCGUCGUGGCUUUUGUGUUGUACAAGUGUUUGCAGGGCCCGGAUGAGGCUGCCGUUCUCCAAGAGGAAAAAGACAAGAAGAAAUCCCCGCAGUCAGAACAACAGCUGGUACAGCUGACACAGCAGCUGGCCCAAACGGAACAGAAUCUCAACAAUCUGAUGACCCAGCUGGACCCCCUUUUUGAGCGGGUGACUACUCUGGUUGGAACCCAGCGGGAACUCCUAAACAUGAAGCUCAGGACCAUCCACCAGCUCCUACAGGACUGCAACCCUGAUGCAGAGGCCAGCAUACCCUUUCCUGAGCACUUGGGGAAAGAAGACCAACAAGGAGCUGGAGACAGUCAGGCCUGGGAGGGGCCCAUAAACUGGAGCCCAGAUUCAUGGAACCCAGCUCCUUCCUGGGAGGUGGAGCAGGGGCUGAGGCGAAGAUGGCACAAGACUGACAAAGGACCCAGUAAGGAAGGAGGGACAGCCACUGAAGGGUUAGUAAAACCAAGUCACCAUGUCCUGGGUCUUCCUCUGUGCUUUCCUGCUCCCAGCCAGUCAUACACAGGAAUACUAGGUACGUAAGCCAACUGGGCCUCCCAGAAAAGGUUCCCUUAUUAGGAAAAGAGACUGCCUUCCAGAACUGGGAGAAGACAGGGGGAGCUUCUACUUCUCCUGUAUUCAUGAGGCUAUCGAUGUGUCAGCCGUCAAGGCUCAAACUCCUUUUUCUCAUGGUUUGGACAGAAAGAUCUUUCCAAAAACACAACAAAACAGCACUUUAUUAAAACUCUAUUACAACAAAA